CUUGCAAAGGCUCUGCGGGCCAGAUGAAAUGGCUUGGUGGGCCGCAUGUGGCCCCCGGGCCUGAGUUUGCCCACCUCUGUCCUAAUGGGAGAACUGAAUGACACUGAGAGUCCCUGUCCUAGUGGGAUGCAGGGUCCAGGUAGUGCGAUGCAGAUACCAGGAACUAGAGAUUACUGUAGAUUAUAACCCAGUUCCUUUAUCCACCGACAUCUCAUUCCAUGUUAUUCAUUUCAGUGAUGGUAUUUAUGAGAACUGAACUCUGUUCAGCUGUGCAGUUUGUACACGUACAGAUUUUUAUAUUUUUAGUUUUGCUGGCUCAACACAGGUUGGCUUGUAAUGUGAGGUAAUGUGAGGAGAGCUUAGCAGGUUCUAAAUUCUCUCAGGGAAAAUCUUUAAAGGUGCAUUGUGUAGGAUGGUGGCCAGAGUAGGUAUUGCAACUAUGCUGCUGCUCAUUGAAACUUUGCCACCUAUUUCCAAAUGUUUUCAUGAAUAUUUACUGAGCAAUGAGUACUAACAUUUAUUAGUAUGAUCAAAUUACAGUACGUUUUGCAGCUACAAAUGUCUAUUUCUGGAAAUUAAAAUUGGCGGACAUGGAGAAGAUCCGCCUUUUCAUGUAUGAAAAGUGUAAAUUUCCCUGUCAUAAUGAAUACCUAGAAUUUGAUGUUGGUGGUAAGUAUUUGUUAAAAAUGAAAUGUUUGUGAAUGGGCAGCAUGAGUUUUGGAAAUACCGGUAAACUACUAAAAAUAUUACACAGUGCAUCUUUAAAAAAAAAUACCGAAAGGCAUUUUAGAGAGGCUCUGAAAAAGCUGAGUGACGUUGCUCGUCAUUGCAGCCGUCAUUGCCGUCUGGAUAUGUCAACCACCUCUUCCCUGUUCUCACACACAGCCAAGAACAACCAUCACAUGCGCAGAACACCUGAAUGAAUGAACGAACGAACGUACCUGCAGCAGCCUGGAACAGUCAGACUCAUUCUGUACUAUGUGAGUUCUUAGUAGGCCUGCUUUGACCUGUAGUGCGUUUGGCCUAUUGGUAACUAAUCUUGUUUAACGUACAGUAGCCCUAAUACUCUUGCAUAAUGUCUGACGGCAGACAUCAACCGUUUCCAGGUCAGCCUGUGCUCUAUUUUGAAAAAAAAACAAAAAAAAAACAGGGUCCUUGGGUCUCGGUUUCUUAUUUCUUCAAAACAACUAUUAAAAAGCAUACUGCGCAAUGUUUGAGAAUGUUAAUGUUAAAUAGGAUAUAGUAUAGAUACUAAUUAGAUUCUCAGAGCUGCUCUCAUACAAGUCAAGUCAAGACAAGUCAAGUUGGUUUUAUUGUCAAUUUCUUUACAUGCACUGGUCAUACAAAGAAUUUGAAAUUACGUUUCUUGCUUUCCCAUGCAGACAUAGACUAAUCUAGGUAAGGACAUAGACAGUAUAGACAUAGACAGUACUCAUACAUGGACAUAAGACAGUAUGGACAUAGACAGUGCUCAUACAGACAUUUAAAGUGCAGGACUGGACAACAGAAGACUUGUGUGUUUCAUUCAUGCAUGAAGGGGAUGUCGAACAGAGCAGGGAUUAAGGUACACCUAAAUAAAACCAGGAGAUUAAGAAACAUGACACCGCCUUAAUCUGGGGAUGUCCCUGAGAUUAUGAGAUGGGCUGGAAAGGAGGUUGCAUUCUAGCUGGUGUCUCUAGGAUGUACAAGCAACAGCAGCAGAUGAGGUCUUGCCUCCCCAAUGGAAGAGAGGAGCUCUGUCACCGUGUCUCUCUCUGAGGUUUUACAAUAAGGAUUCCAUCAAUACGUUUUUUGGAUACAGUGGAUAUUUUCUUUGGUUAUCAAGAUUGAAUCUGGCUAUCUUGAUUGAGAUCUGAAGACCAGAAGUGCCUUUGAGAUGCUUGGGAUUAUAGGAGACAAGCAGAACAGUCUGUUUGAUUGACAGGCGAGCCGUUGUACAGGGUAAGAUGUUUAUCUGAGUCAGUGCGACGUGAGAUGCAUUAAUGACCAGCUAUCAAUAUUUGAUCAUAUGUGAUUCCUCAAUCUGUGUUAAAUCUUUGGUGCUGUUUUAAAUCUAUGGUGAUGACUACCUUUGUUGAGUAGAGAUCGGUUAUCGUCUGACUUACAUCAUUACUUUUCUCUGUAUUCUGUUCAUGCUAAAUUGAGUACUGUAAAGAAUUUUGCUCACAGACGCAUGCAAAGCAAAUCACCAAUGCUUGAUGCUUAAUCAUAUUUACUGGUCAAAGUCUUUUGUGCUUUGAUGUCAUUUCAUGUACAGUAAAGCUGAAACAGAUUUGGAUAUUGAGCAGAUGUUCAAUCUUACAGUAGUUCUAAUUCCAUGUUUAGCCACAAUGUGUAAGUAAUGCAUGUUUGUUUGUAGGAUCCGCUCUCCAAACACUAAAGUCUUUGGUGGAAAACUCCUUCAAGAAAAGUUCUCAGAGGAAUAAGCAACACAGUUCAGCCUGAUACAUGACACAGAUGAGGAUCUAUUGUCCAUUACCACAACUCACCACUAGUUGGCGUGUGGCUGUGGCUGGUGCAUAAGCAACUCGCACAGCACUGCCAUCAGUGCCAAUGCCGGCAGGGGACCCCCAUCCCAUGAUCCUGAAGGGGCCGCGGCACAGCCUCUGGAGCCUGUCGGAGUCAGAAUGCAGCAAAGAGGAAGAGGAAGGGGGGCUGAAGAAGCAGCUCACGCCGCUGGAGCGCUUGACCAUGAACAUGUGCCACGACGAGAAGACCGUCAAGGAGCUGCUGGUGGGCCGCAGAGUGGGCUUCUACCAGAUCCGCGGGGAGAUAGGCUGCGGGAGCUUCUCCAAGGUCAAGCUGGCCUUCCAUGCACUCACAAAAGACAAGGUUGCCAUCAAGAUCAUGGACAAGUUGCGGCUGGAUGCCGAGUCACAGCGCAUGUUGGCCCGGGAGAUCUCCAGCAUGGAGUCGCUGCAGCACCCCAACGUGGUGCGGCUGUACGAGGUGAUGGAGUCGCCCAGUCGCGUCUACAUGGUGCUGGAGUACGCCGGCGGGGGCGACCUGCACAGCCGCAUUACGACGCACGGCCGGCUUCACGACGCCUUCAGCAAGAUCGUCUUCGCCCAGGUCCUGUCUGCCAUCAAACACAUGCAUGAGAACAACGUCAUCCACCGCGACCUGAAGGCUGAGAACGUGCUCUUCACGGGCGCGGCGUGCAUCAAGGUGGCGGACCUGGGCUUCAGCACGCGCCUCAAGAACCGCUCCGACCUGCUGGACACCUUUUGCGGCUCGCCUCCGUACGCCGCGCCCGAGCUCUUCCGCGACGACAACUACGUGGGCCCCGCCGUGGACAUCUGGGCCAUGGGCGUGCUCCUCUUCUUCAUGGUGACGGGCUCCAUGCCCUUCCGCGCCGAGACGGUCAGCAAGCUGCGGCGCUGCAUCCUGGAGGGCGAGUACAGCCUGCCCACCUGGGUGUCGGCGCCGUGCCAGCGGCUGAUCCGCGGCAUCCUGCGCCAGGACCCGGCCGAGCGCUGCGCCCUGGACCAGAUGCUGGGCUGCGAGUGGCUGCUGCCCGUGGAGAUGUGCCGGCCGCGGGCGCCGCUGGACCUCAACCCCAUGACCCUGGUGGAGGCGGACCCCGACGACCUGCUGGAGGAGGAGGAGGAGGCCAAGGCCCGCAUGGAGGAGCUGGGCAUCACCAUGGAGCACAUCACCAACAACCAGGGCAAAGGCAGCCGCAGCCCCUUCACCGGGGUCUACCGCAUCCUGGUCCAUCGGGCGCAGAGGAGCCGCGGCGACGAGAGCCUGCCGGUCAUCAGGGGCGUGGUGAAGGACCCCAAGAGGGACAGCCUGCGUGCCUACAGGAGCCUGCGGCACACCUCCAAGCUCUGUGUUGUCGCCUGAUUGGCCUGGAGUCGACUUUGCCCAAGAGAUAUUUGCCUGGAGUACUGUAAACCUGCAUCGUUUGUGAAUGAAUGAAUGUAUGAAUGCAUCAUGCAUUACAUCUACACAGGGAAGGUUGCUUUGAUUGAACAAUUUAUGCAAAUGCCUAAAAUACUAUAAACAUUUUUGGAUGGAUGAAUGAAUGAGUGAUUGAUUGAAUGUAAGCAGGGAAGGUUGCAUGCAAAUGCCUAAAAUGCAAAUGCCUAAAAUUCUGUAAACCUAUAGCUUUUGUGGAUGAAUGAAUGAAAGCAACAUUGCAUCAAAACACGUGGAUGUGGGACCAAUGCUUGCAAAUGCCUAAAAUACUUGACUGUUCUGUAUAAAAAAGCUGCUGUAAACCUGCAGUUCUUGUGGAUGGAUGGUUUAAAGGUAGGCCUACAUUGCCCGAAAACAAUUAGGAGAUUGUUUUGUGUUACCAAUGCAUAUAAAUGCCUGAAACAAACUUUCGCGAAUUAACUAAAAGGACUUUGCCUCACAUCACAAAGGAAGGAUUUUUUGUUUUGAUAUUGAAUGGAAAUGCACACAUUGCAAGUGCUAACGCUGUUUUUAAAACAUAUAUGCAGAAUGUAUCGCAGUAAACUUUGCACAUUGCAGCAGUAUUUGUGAUUUACUUGCAAUGUAUCGCUGACUUGCACAAAUCUGUAUGCUGAUAUUUAUCUAUGAUGUAAAAUAGAAAACCAGUACAUGCAUCCCAUCAUACCGGAUGGUGCAAAUGGCUUAUGUUCCAUAAACUAGACCUACUGUAUC